AUGGCCUUAUUGUGGUUGACUCUGGCUUUACUAGGCAAAGAAAGCGUGGCUCAAAUGCUUAUGGAUGAUGAUCAGGGUUCGAUGACGACUCUGGAUUUUCUCGAAAAUGCGAGGAAAAUGGGCAAGAAUGCCAAAGUCGCCCUGAUUGAAGUAGGUAAAGAUGGAGAAAGAUGCGCCGCAAGCAGAAACGGGCUUGUCGACCAGGCGUACUGUAGGAAAUUGGAGAUUGAAGUUCCCUAUACGGUCCAAUAUCUUCUUGAUCACCAGCACUUCAGUAACGCAGAUUUCACUCGGGUAUUUGGAAAGCAAGUCAUGCUAGCCUGUGGUGGUUUCGAAGGUAAUCGUGAAAUGAUGGGACGAUACAUCAAACCCAGAGCAGAGCAGCUUGGGCUAGUUGCCCCUGGCCAAAAAUACAAUACUGGCUUUGGCCUAAAGAUCGGCUUGGAAGUUGGUGCUGCAACAGCUGGCUCUUUCCAUUGCCUACAUCCCAAGGCUGCUAAGUUUCGGCAGUACGAGCUUGUCGAUACCCGAUCCCCGAAACCAGAGGCGACUAUUUGGGACCAUAGCUUUGGUAUCGUUGUUAACGAUAUCACCUAUGCUACUAUCAUGAACCGAUUCCGACCGGGCUGGGUGUAUAAUACUACGGACCCUGAUCUAGAGAAAGGAGACACAAUUGAGGACCUUAGGGAAAAACUUGGCCUCAAUCCACAAAAGCAGGAAAAGCCUGUGGAUGAAUACAAUGCAUCCUACCCACUGACCGCAAAGGCUAUUUUCACUUUCGGACUCAAGGUCGACCUUGCGUCGCGAGUGCUUUCCGUGACGGCGAGUCUAUUUCAGGAGUGGAUUGUGCCGAGUAGAUCGGUCUCGAUCGAACACAGCGGGAUUGAUUAG